UUUCCUUUCAGCAACACAAAACCCUCCAAAGAUUCAGAGAGAACUUCAUUAUCUUCAAACAUGAGUGAUUACAUGCCUCGCCCGUUCCGUUUCGAUGGUUUGGUUCGUACUUUUUCUGGUUACAUGUUCCAUGAACCAAGAGUGCUCAAUCACCAUCGUUAUCUCCAACAUUUCGAUAAGAUAAGGCUCCAUCACAUCACUCAACUUGAUCCCUAUGAAUUCAAUGUCUACAAGUAUGACAUUAUUUCUCUUAUCGAAGGGCUUGGGUGGGAUUUUCUCCUUCGUCAACCUAUUCAUCCUGCAUGCCCAGGAGCUGUCAAGUACUUCUUCUCCAAUCUUCAGAGUCUCGGCAUUAGCUCAAGAAGGUUUACCACUCUGAUCUAUGGGCAUCUGCUGACUGUUCCAGUUAAUGCUCUAAAUGGUAUUCUCGGGUUUCCCUCUCAGGGACUCGGUCUUGCUCAUCCUUCUGAAUUUUUGAAGCAUGAGUUCAAGAUAGAAAUCGAGUAUAGCAACUUCUCCACUGAGCCAACUGGUGGCUCUGAUGUCCCAAUACCUGUUGCUUGGCUGUCCCCAAGACUGAGGAUCUUCCAUUACAUCCUCACUCACGUCUUCUUUCCUCGGUCCUACAAUCAGGACUGUGUUCUUCCCAUGGAUCUCUGGAUCAUUGCCAAUGCAACUGCAAGACGAAAGCUCGACUUUGCAAGCAUCAUGUUUGGUCAGCUUCUUCCUGUAGGAGACGAAAACUACAAAAGUCUCCUACCUUUUGGCUCUAUUAUCACCCGAUUACUGAUCAAUCUAGGUGUUGACCUAUCCGAGUUUCGAAGUAUCUCCUCCACUAUGUAUGUCAGUGCACUUAAUGUGCUGAUGAUACUUGACCUGCCAACUGAUAUUCCUCCACCUCCUCCUCCCUCUGCAUCCCUUCUGGGUGCUCCUCCAAAGUCUCGCUCUGUUAAGAAAGGCGCCUCUGGGAAGAAGUCAAAAUCUGCUGGUGAAUCCAGCAAGUCUGGGAACCUUGUGUUCUCUAUCUCUGAAGGUAGUGGCUCCUCUGAUGAUUCUGCUGCCUCUGCUCCUCCUGCCUAAUCUCUUUAGUUCUUCUCUAGCUGUGUUUUUAUGUUUUCUCGUUUAGUAUCUUUUGUUUAGGGGGAACAAGUCCUUUUGUGUUCAGGGGGAACUGGUAUCCAGUUCCAAGUAGUUAGGGGGAAUAUCUUCGAUAUCCUCAUAUUUUGCUUUCUCAAUCCCCCCUGUAUUGCUGCUCUCCUUGUAACUGCCGUUAAUGAAUGCACUUCUGUUUU